AGCUUUUGGUUUUCUCUCCGGUUUUCUUUUGCCUGGCAAGCCAUUCAAGCCAUCCAUCCCUCCAAAACCUUUCUACUUUGUUCGGACACCAGAUUGUGGCCAAUCCGGUUUUUGUCGUCAAAGGCAUCGUCGGUGGUGUGACUCUCUUUUUCAUUGGGAAACGCUGACGCGUCCUCCCCAGGUUCCUCUCAUAUGGAUUGCUGCCCGUGGUAUCGCCUUCGAUAUUUCUUCCCGACCAUUUUAUUUUGUAGUUGUAGUAUGUAUUUUGUAUUUUAUUCGAUAGUCUUCUUGCAGUCUUUUCCUCCUUUUUUUUCCCACAGGGUUUUUAGGGGUUUUUCACAGACGCACCUAUUGUAUUUACUUUUUUUUUUAUAUUUGUAUCCUUUCUUUAUUUCGGUCGGGAAGCCCUCGGUAUCUGCUGCAUCAAACAUCAAAGGUAAAAUAUCUCAACGAAAUUUGAAUCAUCCAAAGAGCUUACUAACUCAUUUUUUUUAAAUACCCAACAUUCCCACACAUCUUUGUAGAUCUAUCAUAACCUUGGGCGGGACAGAACGGAG